AUGGCAGAAUCGUCCCCUUCGACUGAAAGCAAAUCUCAAAUUACGGUGUCGGAUAUGGAAGCUGCGCAGCAUCUUAUUCAACUGAGCGAAGAUAGCAGCAGCGACAAUAUUGCAGGGAAGAAGAGGAACAGAAACUGUGACGGAGAAGAGGUUCAUCAAAGGCUAAGUGACAAAACUGCAACCAGGAAGAUUCUAGAGGGACAAGACGAGGUUUCUCAGUCAAAGAAGCCGAAGAGGUUUCGAUCUCUUGAGGCAUUGCCACUGAGCUUCACAAGUUUGGUUUUGCAUUUGCAUGACAAAACACAUGAAGGCUUUGUAGAGUUACUUCGCUUCUGCUUUUUAUCAAUGUAUCAGAAAGUAAAAAGGAGGAAAGAAGAUAUGGGAGUGGAAAGAAAGAAAAAUGGUGUGAAGACCAAUUGA